AUGCGGCUUUUCUUAUCAGCGGGCACUGUCCGUCGAGUCCGCAUAAUGCUUCUUCGGGCAACUCAUUUGCCCUUUGUUGCCAUGAUCUGGGCCUAUGAACACAGCCGGAGACAUCUCCAUCGACCUACCGGUACCAGCCUACCCCCGCUCUCCGCGUCGCAUCCUCAGCGUACCCAUGGUGGCGAUCGGAGUCGUUCCAGGUGCCAGGACUCCCCGUUUUCUUCCGUCAGGGCGGCGCGUCGAGCAGACCCCAAGAGUGGACGGAUGAGCAUCCCCCACGAUAUUCCACGUGAGCCCAGAAUGGCAUACACCAACGAGGCACAGCUGACAAGAAUCCUGAACACGAUGGAUCAGCUUCGAGUGCAGGUAGAGCGCUUGAAUCCUGAACCACUGCGGUAA